AUGGCCGCAUCGGCAAAGGUCCAGGCCCGCGUUGACUUGCAGGCCGACAGAAGCAGGGAGCUCAAUAUUACGACAACGGUUGUGCUAGUCCUUUCGGUGGUGUUUGUCGCUUUGCGUUUCUGGGCGCGUCAUAUCAGGGCUGGUUACGGAGCCGACGACUGGAUGACAGUCGCCGCGUUGGUGGCUGUUUUUAUCUCUGGUGCGGUGAAUUAUACUAGUAAGCUGCAGUCUUCUUUCAUCGACAGUGACCUGACGAUUGCAGUGAUCAGUCAUGGGCUUGGUAGACAUGCCGACGCUGUGCCCACCGCAGACCAGGUUGUCUUCUUCAAGCUCCUUUUGGCGUUUGAGUGCAUCUAUGUCACAGCAGUGAUGCUUGUGAAGCUCGCUCUGUUGCAAAUGUACUUGCGCAUCUUUUUAUCCCGCGGCUUCAGGGUGUGUGCAUCUGUGAUAGCCACCAUCGUCGUUGGCUGGUGGAUCGCCAUCGUCGCCGUCUCCAUAUUCCAGUGUACGCCGAUCAAGAAGGCGUGGAUGCCGUGGAUUGAUGGAUCAUGUAUCAAUCUCAAAGCCUCCUUUAUCGGUAAUGCAAUCCCAAAUAUCGGCACGGAUGUUGCCAUCUUGUGCAUGCCAAUGAGGCAGAUCUGGAAGUUGCACGCCAACCUGGCUCAGAGGCUAUCUCUAUGCGUCAUGUUUCUCCUUGGCAGCUUUGUUUUGUUUGCCAGCAUCUACAGAUUCACCACCAUUAUGCAGUUCGACCCAGUCGAUACUACGUGGACACUCGCCACAGCCUGUGCCUGGUGUGUCGUCGAGGUAGCUUGCGGAACUAUCGCUGUCUGCCUUCCAACCUUGCGGCCGCUCAUGGUGAAGAUCUCUAAACAGUUCGGCAGCUUCACUAAUAGCAAGGGAGCACAUAGUGGCCGAAGCGCAGUGGCCACAGAGCUCAUCACAAUAGGCGGAACUGGAGGCGCAAAGUCCGGACAGAGGCACUUUCAACGGCUUGGGAACGAGUAUGAGCCGAACAAUAGCCAUGAGGAAAUGGCUAGGUCAGAAGCAACGAGUCAGCAUGUUGGGCAGAGUGAUGCAAGCUCGGGAGAUGAAAUCCCACUGCACAAAGGGGAUAAGAUUGCUCGAUAG